GAGCGCCCGCGGAAACGAGUGAACAGCCUCACCAGCAACAACACGAGUGAAUCUGCAGAUGCUGGAAAUAAAUAAAGACACAAAAUGCCGACAGAACUCAGCAGGCCGGAGUUCUGCCAGCAUUUUUGUGUCUUUAUUUUUUUUUGAUUACCUCCCCACUUUUCUUUCUCCCUUUUGGCAAUAGUUUCACUUUUUAAAUAUAUGCAGAGUAAUUUGCUGUUUUUUUGUAUAUAUAGCGUAUCACCGCGGCGUAGGCCGGUGAUCGUGGACCGGCCCCCGGGGACGGAGCCGACCGGGCUGAUUCGCUGCCGGCCUCACCCCGCCCGAGGGAGCCGGGUCUCCGGUGAGGGGCUGCGGGCUUGCCCCGCACGGACUCCGGGCAAUGGGGGAGCUGGGCGACGAGCCGCGGACAGACCGGGCCAAAAGUUUCCUGCUGCUGGAUGAGGAGGAGCAGCUGCUGGUGGCGAACGAGGAGAGCUUCCUGGAGCGACUGGGGGCCGUGCCAGGGCAGACGGUAAAGGUCCUCUCUAUCUUCGGGAACACGGGCGACGGCAAGUCGCACACCCUGAACGCCGCCUUCUUCGGGGGCCGGCAGGUCUUCAGCACCUCGGACAGCCAGAGCUCCUGCACGGCGGGGGUGUGGGCAGCCCUCCAGCCCUCGCUCUCCCUCCUCCUGCUGGACACUGAGGGCCUGCUGGGGGCCUCGGCUCAGCCGGCCCGGCAGAUGCGCCUGCUGCUGAAGGUGCUGGCCGUUUCCGACGUGGUGGUCUACCGCAGCCGCGCCCAGCGCCUUUGCAACGACCUGUUCGGCUUCCUGGGAGACGCCUCGCGGGCCUUUCUCCGGCACUUUGCCAGCGAGCUCAGGGCCGUGUCCGUUCGCUGCGACCUGGACAUGCCCCUGUCCAGCCUCGGCCCCGCAGUCAUUAUCUUCCACGAGACUGCCAACACCAACCCAUUGGGCAGCGAUUCCCGGGUCCCCGGAGGUGCCGAGCAGCUGCUCCAGAAGCGGUUCCACGAGCUGGGCCUGUCCACCGACGCCUUCAACUCCAUUGAGUACGUUGGCACGAGGACCGCGGGCGGGCCCACGGACUUCAGUGGCUUCCUGCGGGCGGUGCGGCGAUGUGCGGGCAAUGCCUCCACCCGCUCCCGGAGGGCCCCAUCUGUGGUGUACUGGGCACUGAAGGCCCUGAGCGACCGAUUCAACGGGGAGAUUAGCAACGAUCGACUCCCAACUCUCUCCUUCUUUCCCGAUGAAUAUUUCCGGUGUUGCACUACCUGCCUCAGCUGUGGGGCCCGGUGCGGGCAAAGUAUGAACCACAUGAAGGAUGGCAUUCCUCACGCUGCCAGCGAGCGCUGUCGCUUCACGCACCAGUACAACAACAAGGUGCUGAUCUGCAAGACUUGUUUCAAGCACGGCCUCGAGGUGACCGUCAGCCCCAAGACCUCUUCCUCCACAGACGGCCAGUGGCUCGGGUUGGCCACCUAUGCCUGGUCAGGGUAUGUGCUGGAAUGUCCAAACUGCGGGAUUAUCUAUCGCAGUCGGCAAUACUGGAUUGGGAACCAAGACCCAGAGGGCUCGGUUGUGCGUGCGGAGCUGAGGCACGUCUGGCUGGGGUGUGAAUCGUGGCUGAGGGGGAGCAGUAACAGAGCUCGGGGGAUGCUGGACAACGUGUGCAACGUCAUCCAGUCCGUCAGCGAGUACGGCAGUGGCCCAACUCGGGCGCUCACGGCCUGGCUGACCGACCACGUCGCCCCGGACUACUGGAUCCCAAACUCCCAGAUAACCGAAUGCCACCAUUGCGGGAAGGCGUUCGGACCCGGGGAGCGGAAACAUCACUGCCGGGCAUGCGGGGAGGGGUGCUGCGACUCCUGCUCCAGCGAGAGCGUGCCCGUCCCAGAGCGCGGCUGGGGCACGGCUGCCGUCCGCGUCUGCGACAGCUGCUUCAGAGCCAGGGGCAACGGCACAGGGAAGGUGCUGCCCGCGGAUGGUAGCGGAUUGCUAGCACGCAGGAUCACUGAGAUGGCCCAGAGCACUCUGGAGGUGAUGUCUUCAGCCGUCAAUUAUCCCCUUGGAAACCACAUUAGCGUGAUGGUUACUGAUCGGGGCAUUCCAGGUUCUGUAUGUCUCUCCCCCCCCCCCGAGAAUGCAAGGGUUCGCUCCGGGUCUCCCGCAAUCCAAAGACGUGCCAGGUAGGGUAACUGGUCAUUGUCGAUCGUCCCGUGGUUAGGUUAGGGUAAAUUGGGGCUGUGGGUUGCUGGGGUAGCACAGCUCGAAGGGCCAAAUGGACUGACUCCACGCUGUUCCUCUGGCAUUCUGUGUGUGUUGCUCGAUAUUUCCAGUAUCUGCAGACCCUCCUGUACUUUACUUCCUGCCUGGGUCAGCCCGGCCCAGGCCCGUCACCGUCACUCUCCCUUAGUCACCCCCUCCCUUUGACCCGUCCCUGACAGCAGGGGUUUGAUUGGUGUUCUCCCCCCACUGCGGCUACGAUUGAGAGGUUGAAACCAGGCACGGGGGCUGGGGAAUGAAUCCAGGGCUUCACCGGGCCUUGCUCUGUGAGGCAGCCACACCUCUUGGCCGGGGACUGGGCAGCCAGCAGGGGAACUCUCUUGGGAUCCUGCUGGAGGGACUGAGUCUCGUUUGGCCAGCUUUGUGAGCUACGAUGCUCCGGUGAGGGGGGAUUGUCACUCAGGCUUGACCCUCCAAGUUCAAGUUAAUAGAGAAUGUAUACAACUGGAAACUCUUACUCUUCACAGACAUCCACCAGACAGAGAAAACAAAACCUGAAGAACAAAUGCCAGAAAAGCACUCAAACUCCAAAGCCCCCUCCCCCCCACGCACAAGCAGCAGCCGAAUCAUCAGCCCUCCCUCUCCCUCUCCCCCUUUUCAGCAUCAGCACCAAACCUCCCCAUCUCGAGGAACAGCAAAGCCCGCAAUCGAGAGUCCAUCAAGAGCUGCUGUCUAUCCCAACAUCUCCGACAGGCCCGCUCUCUCUUACUAGCGAGGGAGAGAGAGAUACCCCUCCUGCCUCAGUGAGAGGGGAGGCCAGCAGCUUGCUGUUCCGAUGUCACAGUCUGCAGCGUCACUUAUUCGAGUUCCCCCGGCUCGGAGCCAGCAGACUCCCACUCACCAUCGAAAUAGAGCGACUAUUUGAGUGCAGAGGCCUCUGACAGUCGCGCCUGCUGUCUCAAUGUUUAUUGUAAUCUGACUGUAAAUAUAUACAGCCAAAUGAAGCAAAGCUACCCACAAAACAUCUGUCACACAUGGCACAUAAAGCAAAAUGUUACCACAACUAAAUUAGUAAAAUAUAAUCCAAGAUGUAAGUCAAUUGUGCAGCGCAGGCCUGCUUCCUGACAGUAGUGGCUCAAAGAGAUGGUGGGAUGGGUGGUAGGGGUCCCACCAACAAUGCUUCACGACCUUUAUCGACAAUGCUCAAAGUUCAAAGUUAACUUAUUGCCAAGCUACGUAAGCGUCACCAUCUACAACCCUGAGAUUCGUUUUCUUGUGGGCAUUCACAAUAAACCCAUAGAAUACUAACUCUAAAAGGAUCAGAGAAAGACUGCAGUAACUGAGCAUUCGACCACUGUGCCAAAAACACUGCAGAUACAAAAGGAAACAGAUAAUAGUAAUCAAUAGGCAAUUAAUAUCAAGCACGUGAGAUGAAGAGUCCUUGAAAGUGAGUCCAUUGGUUGUGGGGACAUUUCAGUGAUGGGGCCAGUGAAGUUAUUCCCUCUGGUUCAAGAGCCUGAUGGUUGAGGAGUAACUUCACUCACCACAACGAGCCUCAGGUCCCACACCACCAGGUUCAGGAACAGUUAUUACCCCACAACCAUCAGGCUCCUGAACCAGAGCGGAUAACUUCACUCACCACAAUGAGCCUCAGGUCCCACACCACCAGGUUCAGGAACAGUUAUUACCCCACAACCAU